GGAAGGCAGGGGGCGGGGCUUGCGUGAUGACGUCCCGGGACGGGCGUUCGGGUGGCGGGAAGAGGAGACGCGAGAAUGGAGGUGGAGGCCGGAGAUGGUGGCGCGGACGAGCGGGACGACCAGGACCCUGCCCCUGCCUCCAGCAAGGCCCCUGGGAGCGCCGGCCACUAUGAGCUGCCGUGGGUUGAAAAAUACAGGCCAGUAAAGCUGAAUGAAAUUGUCGGGAAUGAAGACACCGUGAGCAGGCUAGAGGUCUUUGCAAGGGAAGGGAAUGUGCCCAACAUCAUCAUUGCGGGCCCACCAGGAACUGGCAAGACCACAAGCAUUCUCUGCUUGGCACGAGCUCUUCUGGGCCCAGCACUCAAAGAUGCCGUGUUGGAACUCAAUGCUUCAAAUGAUAGGGGCAUUGAUGUUGUGAGGAAUAAAAUUAAAAUGUUUGCUCAGCAAAAAGUCACUCUUCCCAAAGGCCGACAUAAGAUCAUCAUCCUGGAUGAAGCCGACAGCAUGACUGAUGGAGCCCAGCAAGCCUUGAGGAGAACCAUGGAAAUCUACUCCAAAACUACUCGCUUUGCCCUUGCAUGUAACGCUUCGGAUAAGAUCAUUGAGCCCAUUCAGUCCCGCUGCGCUGUCCUCCGCUACACGAAGCUGACCGAUGCCCAGAUCCUCACCAGGCUGAUGAGUGUUAUCGAAAAGGAGAGGGUGCCCCACACUGAUGACGGCCUGGAAGCUAUCAUCUUCACGGCACAGGGAGACAUGAGGCAGGCGCUGAACAACCUGCAGUCUACCUUCUCAGGCUUUGGCUUCAUUAACAGUGAGAAUGUGUUCAAGGUCUGUGACGAGCCCCACCCACUGCUGGUGAAGGAGAUGAUCCAGCACUGUGUGAACGCCAACAUCGAUGAAGCUUACAAGAUUCUCGCUCACCUGUGGCAUCUGGGCUACUCACCAGAAGAUAUCAUUGGCAACAUCUUUCGAGUGUGUAAAACUUUCCAAAUGGCAGAAUACCUGAAACUGGAGUUUAUCAAGGAAAUUGGAUACACUCAUAUGAAAAUAGCAGAAGGAGUGAACUCCCUUUUGCAGAUGGCAGGCCUCCUGGCCAGGCUGUGUCAGAAGACAAUGGCCCCGGUGGCCAGUUAGAGCAGAGACUUCGCUGACCGACUUACAGGUGCCCUAUCCUGAGAUGCAAGAGCUUCGGUCUUCCGAUGGGGGAAAAAUGCCGCCUCAGGCUGGAGCCAGCAUGACCGCCCUUUAAACUUCCAUGGCUGGCUGGGCUUGGUGGCUCACGCCUGUAAUCCUAGCACUUUGGGAGGCCGAGGUGGGUGGAUCACCUGAGGUCAGGAGUUUGAGACCAGCCUGACCAACAUGGAGAAACCCUGUCUCUGCUAAAAAUACAAAUAUUAGCUGGAUGUGGUGUCUAGCGCCUGUAAUCCCAGCUACUCAGGAGGCAGAGGCAGGAGAAUCCCUUUUUCCCAGGUGGUGGAGGUUGCAGUGAGCCAAGAUCACACCCUUGCACUCCAGCCUGGUAACAGAGACUCCAUGUAAAAAAAAAAAAACAACAACCAGUUACUAAACUCCCGUGGUUUUCAUGUUUACUUGUGGGCCCUCUGAGCCCCUCCAGUGUUUGCAUUCAGCCUCUGCCUCAGUGACGCGGUGGCGGGGCGGAAAGACCCAGAGAAGCUGAGGGCGGUGCCUGGUCGGUGUGCGAGUUGACAUUUUAGCUGAUUGAGCCUUGCCUUGUUUGUCGGCAAUAAAGUGACCACGUGAAGCCUCGAGGAAAGCCAGCUUCCUGUCUCUGCCGGCCUUUGCAGCCUACAGGUAGGAAAGGCGAUUAGAUCAUAGACCCAGAGCUCAUCUUGGUUUCUUUUAUUUUUUUCUUUUAUUUAUUUUUGUCACACACACUGCCUGGGUAUGAACUUAGUUCAUCUCAGUUCUUCAAGAAGCCUGAAGGGACCACUUCCCCGGGGUGCGGGCAGGGUUUGCUGUCAUAUCCUAUUUAGACCGACUUCUCAGA